GUUCGGUGGCAGCCUACGUCAAUCGCGCAUCCCAGCCGUGAUCUUUGGCGACUUUGGUCCGGCUCGCAGUUAGGCGAUAACUCACGGUUCCCUUUUUUUUCCACCAUCUCGGCUGGUGGGAACGCUUCUUUCCAAUUUUGAUCGGUAACCAUGGCUCCUCCACCGCGCCUGCGCGUUUUGUCAGGUUAGUCUCUCAGUCUUCGCCGGUAUCAGAUUCGGCCAGGACGGACGGUUUCCCUCCGUCUUGUGCUCCGGAUCAGCCUCACGCUGCCACCCCCUUCAAUGAUUUCUCUUCUCCAACUGCUUCGAUCGCCAAUCUCAAUAUGGGUCGUCGUCUAACACGAGUCUGUGUAGUCGGCAGCAACGCUAUCUCAGCUUUUCUUUCCUGGAGGCUCCAGGCGUCCACCUCCUGCGACGUAACGCUAGUCUGGAAAUCGGGGUUUGAGGCGGUUUCGCAAUACGGAGUGUCUUUCAAGUCGAAAGCAUUCGGCAAUGAGAGAUUCAAACCUCGUCACGUGGUACGUUCACCGGAAGAGGCGGCAUCACGAGAGAAUGCAUAUGACUAUGUUAUUCUUUGCGUGAAGGCCUUGCCCGAUGUCUACGACCUGGCAGCAGUCAUUGAAUCCGUGGUUACCCCUCAACAUACCUGCAUUCUGCUCAAUACCACCAACACCCUUGGCGUCGAAUCACACCUUGAACAACGAUUCCCCACGAAUGUAGUCCUCUCGCUCGUUUCUGGUGUGGAGAUCUCGCAGAUUGGGCCCAGCGAGUUUGAGCAUUUGAACUCAUCGAAUAUCUGGGUCGGGGCUACCAACAACAAUUCGACCCUUCCAUCGGCUAUGCAAACCGACAUGGCGGCCGCCUUGGCGAUGACCUUGAGCUCCGGUCAAGUGGACUGCAAAGUGUCGAACAACAUCAGACAAGAGCAAUUCGAGCGUAUCAUAGGGCCUAUUGCGUUUUACCCAACAAGCGUCAUGUUUGACAACGGAAACAUAACAGAACUCCUGCAGAAGGUCGGAGUACGGCAAUUGGUUACCGAUGUGAUUGACGAGCUCAUUGGUUUGGCCAAAGCGCAUGGCUGCUCUUUUCCAAGCGACUUUCCUCAGAAGACAAUGGAUGCGAUGGCCGCGUCUCAGCCUCCCAACACUAUGUAUCAGGAUUUCCAGGCUCGUCGUCCUAUGGAGAUCGAGACGUACCUCGGAUCCCCAAUCAAGCUGGCAACAGAACUCAAUAUCCGCCUGCCCCGUAUCGAAACCAUCUACGCUAUUUUGCACCACGUUAAUACCACUAAUCUAAGCAAACCUCGCGAAUCGCCUACCCCGUCUGUCCAAGCUCCGCCACCCCAACCCACCCGGAUGUCCUCAGCUCCCCCACCGAGGAAUGGUCCUCCCAUGCGCCCGCCUCCUGGAAGGUCAAGCUCUGCAAUGAUGAUGCCCCCUCCUAGACGUGGACCACCCAUGCCCGGAAUGUCACGACCCCCAAGCACACAACCUCCGCCUCCUUCUGCCAGAAUGCCUCCUCGUGAGCCGUCUCUGGAGGGACUGGAGGAAUUCAGCCACCUAGUUGUCUAUGAUGACGCUGGUGAAGCUGGGCCUCCUCACAGGAACCUUAACGGUUAUCCCGACGUCCCUCCUGGUCCUGCCCACUCGCAGUCGACUGCUGACCUGUCCUUGAGAGAACGAGAGUUGGCUUUGCGGCAGCGCGAGUUGCAGCUUCGGGAACAAGAAAUGAGCAUGAGGCGGGGACCGCCCCGCAGGAAUGCCCCCUCUAGGGCCACUUUCGAUGAGGAAGACGAGGAUGAUUAUUUCGAUCCCAUGGAUACCAGUCUGGUCCCAAACAUCGACCCGGACAAUGUGGAUAUGCUGAGCAUCACGUCGCGAAGGGCCAAGAAAUUUCCGAGUGCCAGCCAAAUACGCAAGAACCCUGAGCUUCUGUCCAAUGGCGGCGGCGGCGGUCGGUCGGGUACAUUCAGCCGCUACUUUGGGGGAGGAAGAAAACGUACCAGUGACCGCAUCAUGCAGGAAAUUCCGGGACUCCAUGAUUCCCUCUUGGAUAACCCCAUGAUGGCUUACUCGUCAAACCGAUACGGCGCUGUUGAUAGAAACCAGAUGGCUGCAGGUUCACGUACCAACUCCAUGACCACGAGUCGCAUGGGCGACUAUCCCCCGCACCCCUACCCACACAGUAGGAGAAACAGCCAUUCGCCAGCGACUCCUUACGGCGGCCCGCCUGGUCCUCGCAUGGGCCGUCCGGCCACUGCUCAGGAUCAACACUUUGGCCCUCCUCAUGGGGCCCCGAACGGCGGUCAUCCGUCUCCUCCGGGACACAUGCGGGCACCUGUUCCCAGGUAUCCCCCAGGCCAUGGUAAUGCGGUAGGCCCGCAACAAGUUGAGCAACAAAUUGGGGUGAGCAAUUCGUAUCCCACCAAGGGCACCCCAAAGGAUAGAAGUCUGACUGGAAGUGCGAGCGCCAGCGCGGGGAGUGGUGAUAGCGGCGCCAGUGCGAACCUCGAUUCCGAGAAUUCAGCCCACAGCAGCCAGAUCAGCCUCGGCGCGCAGCAAGCUGCGGCGCCUGUCCGUUGAUAGCCAAGAAACCGUUUCCCCUCCAGCCCUCCCCUCGCCGGCAGCUGAGCACGUUGAACCCUGUUAACUGUGCGCAUGCUUGCCGUGUCCACUAUACUUCCUCUUUCUCCGCCUGUACUGGAUUGCCAUGAAGGGGAAUCCAUCCAGGUUGCUUUUUGCCUCUUAUAAAGGAUAUACUUUUAAUGAGAAGCUCGGCACCAAAAAUAAAGAGGAUUGAACCGCAUCCUGUGUCAUCCUCCGGUUUUGUUCAAUUGUUCACAUAUAUGCAACGGACUUAAGGAUCUUCCUGAAUUUCUCAUUUGGUUGAGCGGGCGCUGUUGCGCACGUGUUGCUUGUGGGGGUGACUAU